AUGUCAAGAACGGAAGCCCUCUCUUCCUUCAUUGAGAGUGCCCCACCAGGAGAGCUCAACGACGUAACGAAAGCAAUCAAAAACAUUCUCGGCGAGGACUCGGUACAGAGCGAGCUCGAGCCCGCGUUUCAGAAACACAACGAAGAGCAGUUCUCCUUGGUCAAGCUCCCGGGUAGCAAUGACAGUGUCAUCGUUAGCUCGUACAACUCUCUGGGCGAGAGACGUUACUACGACACGGAGAACAACAGCUCCUUUGCAUAUGACCAUGCAAGCUUGGGCGAAGAGGCGAGCGACGUGCGGAGCUAUACGCUAGAGAGUAACCACGAGGAUCUUGUAAAGGGCUUACUCAAGACCCUCCGAAGCCACGGCACAGAGCACUACCCCGAAUACAACAUUGGCGUCUACCCCACCAACGACGACUCGCAAAUCGCACUCCUCACCGUCGCCUCCAAAUACUCGCCCGCGAACUACUGGAACGGCCGCUGGCGCUCGUCAUACCUGUACACCCCCUCCUCCUCCACUCUGACCGGCACCAUUUCCGUCGACGUGCACUACUACGAGGACGGCAACGUGCGACUGCUCACGACGAAGAAGGUCAACGCGAAGGUUGGCGGGGGCUCGUCGGCGGAUGUUGUCAAGGCUAUUGCGCAGGCGGAGAGGGCGUAUCAGGAGGAUUUAAACAAGGCGUUUGGAGGUCUCGCGGAGGGCGCAUUCAAGAGCUUGAGGAGGCAGUUGCCGAUCACAAGGCAGAAGAUUGAGUGGGAGAAGAUCAGUGGAUAUCGGUUGGGGCAGGAUAUUGGUGGGGGUAGGCGGUGA